GUGUACAAAGAUGUUUCAUCUGGACUCUUAGUCUGUGGUGGCAGGAGCCAACUGUUUAAUGAACACAAAACUGCUGUUCCAAUUAUACCAUACAAAGCUUGGGUGUCAACACUGAUAGCACGAGAAGCCCAUAAAGCUAAUCAUGAAGGUGUAGCAGGAACCCUUCUCAGGAUGAGGAAAAGAGCCUGGGUGUCAAAAGGUCGAAGACUCGCGAAGCAAGUGGUUGACAGCUGUGUGGUCUGCAGGAAAAUCAGAGCAAAACAGUGUGAACAGAUCAUGAGUGACCUUCCACCUGAGAGAACAACCCCAGCUUACCCGUUUGAAUUUACAACAAUGGAUCUGUUUGGGCCAUAUAAGAGAUUUACUGCACUCAGAGGACACCCCAGAAAACUGUGGUCAGAUCCUGGCACAAACUUUGUGGGGGCCAAGCCUGCACUUGAAGAGCUUCAAAAAUUUCUAGGUAAGUUGAACAAGACUGAGAUUGAAGAGCAGGCUUCCAAGCAUGGAACAGAGUGGUCUUGGAAAUUCCAUCCUGCAGGGUCACCCCAUAGAAAUGGGGCAGCAGAAGCAGCAGUCAAGCUUGUGAAGCGAGCCCUAAGCAACCUUGGCGGUGAUGGAAGCCUCAAGUGGGGAGAAUUCCAGACUUUCCUCUUCAUGGCGGCAAAUCUGGUGAAUGAAAGGCCUAUAGAUGCAAGAGUACAGAGCCUGGAGGACUGUGUGGAAUACAUCAGCCCAAAUUCUCUUCUGUUGGGACGAGCCGGGCCAAAAGGGGACCCAGGAGACUUCCAGUUUAAAGGUUAUCCAUACAGAAGACUCCAAAUUAUCCAGGAAGAGGUAGAUAAAUUUUGGAAAAAGUGGUGCCAGUUAGCAGGCCCUAACCUUUUCAUAAGGAGCAAGUGGCACACCAAAAUGCGAAAUGUUGCUGUGGGUGAUGUGGUUUGGCUGGCUGACCAAAACGCGCUGAGGAAUCAAUACAAGGUGGCCAGAGUGGUCAGUGUAAAUGUUGACGAGAAAGGCAUUGUGAGAGAUAUAAACGUAAGGAUCUUUCCCAGCUACCCUGUCCCAAUCAAAAGGUCAACGUCAGGAGAAGGAUCUACUGGACGAGAAAUGCUUUCAAGUAAAAUUCCUGCUACAAUCCUGCACAGGGACGUCAGACGCUUGGUGAUUCUGCUUCCCAUUGAAGAACAGCAAGAACUUGAAAGACUGUCAUGACCUCCUUGGGUUUGUUAACCAGGAGGUCAAGUGGGAGGUGUUAAGUUAUGAAUUAGAUUAUGCUGUGUGCAUAUGUAUUUAUUUGUUCAUUUAAUUUUUCACCUAUAGUUCAAU